UUCCCACCCUAUCAGGGGUUAGCUGUAAAGGGGAAAGGCCCCAUACGACAAAGCGCCCAAAGAACAAAGAAAGGGAUUAACCAAGUAGACCCUGACCAUUACCGUUCUCGAUAGACACUUGGAAACCUCAACUUCAACUCCAACCUACCCCAGCCAACGUCGGCCAUGAAACGAUCCAAUUCAAGCGUCGGCGCGCCCUACUCCACGAGCAAGAGCCAUGUGCGAUCAAUGUCGGGAUCUAGGCACUCCCUGGCGCUGUCGCGGCCCAGCCAGCCUCGGUUUCAGCGCUCGUCUUCCGGCACCAACCUCACCGAGCUGGGACUCUCAUCCGUCAAACGGACGUCUGUCCGCGACCCCAAAUCAGCCUUUACACCUAACCCGCAGUCCAGCCGCGCGUCCAUGGAUGCCGACAGGAGGAGCAGCGUAUACCGGUCGCGCCCGUCGACCAACGGGCCCAUGAGCCACCAAAGCUUUUUCCAACAAGCGCCACAGCCGGCCGGCGUACCGCGCGACCCCCGCCCUCUCAAGGACAGGUCCUACCAGGCCAGGAUAGGACAGGAGCUGCUCGACUAUCUGGCGCAAAAUAACUUUGAGAAGCAGAUGAAGCACGUUCUGUCUCAAAACAUCAUCAAGUCGCCCACGCAAAAGGACUUCAACUACAUGUUCCAGUGGCUCUAUCACCGCAUCGACCCCAGCUAUCGGUUCCAGAAGAACAUCGACCAGGAGGUACCGCCCAUUCUCAAGCAGCUCCGGUACCCGUACGAGAGGAGCAUCACCAAAAGUCAGAUCGCGGCGGUCGGCGGCCAAAACUGGAGCACGUUCCUGGGACUACUGCACUGGAUGAUGCAGCUGGCGCAGAUGCUGGACGGCCACGCAUCCAACCAGUACGACGAUGCGUGUCUGGAUAGCGGGAUCGACGUCAGCGGCGACCACAUCAUCUUCGAUUUCCUGAGCAACGCGUAUAGGGACUGGCUUGCCAUGGACGAGGACGCGGGCGACGACGACGCCGAGAAGGUGCUCGCGCCGCACGUGGAACGGAUGGCGGAGGCCUUCGAGCACGCCAACUCCAAGUACACGGCGGAGCUGGAGAUGCUCGAGGCGGAGAACAGCCGGCUGCUGCGGGAGAUGGAGGAGCUGGAGAAGACGACGCCCGACCCGGCGCUGCUCGACGACCACUUCAAGAUCAUGGAGGAGGACAAGGUCAAGUUCGAGGAGUACAACACGCUGGCGCUGCAGAGGACGGAGAAGUACGAGAACCGGAUACAGGUGCUGCAGGAGGAACUGGACAAGCUCGUGGAGGAGCUCAGGGAGGCGGAGGAGGAGCGGCGCGGGCUGCAGAAAGUGGUGGACGACCAGGGCAUCAGCAUGCAGGAUAUUGACCGCAUGACCUCGGAGCGGGAACGUCUACAGCGGGGGAUCGAGUCGGCGACGCAGCGGCUCGAGGAGGCCAAGACGAAGGCGGCGGAGAAGGAGAUGGAGGCGAGCUACAAGCUGGAGGAGCUCGAGAGGAUGGUGGACAAGUACAACACGGUGGCGUACCAGAUCGGGUUGAUACCGGCGACGGCGGCCAACGCGAAGGGGAAGGACUACGAGCUCCGGGUCGCGGUGGGGGAAGAGCCCGAUUUUACGUCGUCGCAGCUCCACCACGGACUGAACGGUGCGCCGCCGCCGCCGCCGCCGUCGGCAGAGAGACUACUGGCGGACCCGGUGACGGGGUACCAGCCGGCACACAUCCUCAAUCUGGACCUGCGGGGCCAGGUCAAGAGCAGCUUCAUCGCGCUGCGCAAGGAGGUGUCGGAGAGGCGGAGCGUGGCGAUGGAGGUGAUGAUGAAGGACCACGACCUCCUCGACGGGAUCAAGGAGGCCAUCGAGGACAAGCGGAACGAGGUGGAGGCGUUGGAACACCGCGUCCGGGCGGCGGAGGAGGAGUACGAGAAGACCAAGGAGGUGACGACGACGCAGAAGAUGGCUUCGGAUGCGCAGAUUGAGAAGAUGGAGAAGGAGCUUGCCAAGAUGCGGGCGUCCCUGACCGAGUCGGUGCAGCUCAUGGAGCAGCGCGAGAUGAACACCAGUAUUGAAUACGAACAGCUGGUGUUGAGGGCCAACUCUCUGAGAGAGGAGCUCCACACGGAGAUUGACAGGAUGCUGAACGAUGUCAUCAAGUUCAAGAUUCAUAUCCAGAAGAACCUUGACGACUAUGAAGGGUUUGUUGCAGAUGAGCUCGAAAAGGAGUUGGGGAGCGGUGAGAUGAGGGAAGAUACCCGUGUCCUUGACCUAUAAAGCCCCUAUUCCUAUUGGGAGGAGGAAGACAGGGCAUAGUAGGAUUUUGUUUUCUUUUCUCUCUUCCUGGGGACUUUUGAGAUUCGGCUUCAGAGCGUGACGUGAGUUGGAUUGGGUUGUUCUGGCGAGGGUUCACUGUUGUUUUGUUGCCAUGGGCGUUCAUUUUGAGCAUUCUGGGUUGGUGUUGAUGAUACUCCUUUGUAUGACGAUGUCAUGAACAGAACAAGAGAUGAUGGACUCUGGAUCCGUCCAUCCACCAUUUUGAUAAGACUUUCUUUUUACUUCAUGUCUUGAUACGAUGUGUAAAGGUAUGGCUUGUGUCGUACUGAAAACACGUGAGCCUGUUUUCUGUGUUUCUAUUAGCUGGAUUAGCCCUAUAUUCCUCGCGUGGAAAAGGGGUAAAUGUAUUUAGAACACCC